AUGAACGUAACCAAAACCGAAAAUAAAUCUGUUCAGAACCCUCCUCUGGAAGAACGCUUUAUUCUUGAUGUACAAGCCAUUAAAGAUUUUCAGGACUCUAUUCUGAAACAAGGCUAUAUUCAGGACUUUCCUGAUGAACAAGGCUAUAAAGAAUUUGUGGAAAGAACUUCCAAGUAUCAGAUUGACGAAAAUAAUUACUACACGCCUGACGACAACGAUAUUAUUGACACUGAAGAAAGUAAAGGCGUUAUUAAUUUUAGAUGGUACAAAGAUAGUGGUAAAUUUCCGGACCCAAAGCGAAUGUUUAAUCUCAAGGCAAGAGGGCUAACUACUCCUGAAAAAUUCGUUUCGUGGUGGAACGAAAACCAUCCGGAUUGUCUAAUCACGGCUAAUUGUAUUGAGAAUUGGACUUAUCGAGAAGACGAAGACCUUCCAGAUAUAAUGUUCGCUGGAGAGAAUAUGGGGACUAGAUUAUUCUGA